AUGGAAGAGACUAAAAAAGCUGCUCUUGUACCUCUCAACCCAAAAGCUCCGGAAUUCUAUCCUAAAUCCGGAGCUAAGAAAAUCUCACCGCCGUGUCAUGGAAAACCCAAAUUUCGCUAUCCUCCUCCUCCUCGUCCUGUGUUCUUUCGCUGUUACAAGAGCUACAAGAAGCCAUCCAAAGCUCUCAAUGCUAAGCUGGAAAAACCCAGACAGCCUUACCGGUUUAUGUUUUGUAACCGGAAAUGUCCUCCUCCACCGAGAUGUCUUCCACCGAGACUGUUGAAGCAGAAGGGUUGGGUUCCCAAGAAUCGAAGCUUCCCACCGGCGAACACUGUUCCUCCUCCUCCUCCUCCGGAAGAAGUUCAAACCGAACCUCUUUUUGGUGACAAAACAUCUCUGAUGAUUCGAAACAUUCCAAACAAUUUCGAACGAAGCGAGCUUCUGAGGAUUUUAGAUAUUCAUUGUUGGAAAGAGAACAAAGAUGCUGAUUUCAGACAAAUCCUAUCUUCCUACGACUUUCUUUAUCUGCCUAUGGAUUUCGUGAAACACGCUAAUUUGGGCUACGCUUUUGUUAACUUCACGAGCUCGGUUGCAGCUGAGAAAUUUCGUAGGGAGUUCGAUAAUUGCGUUUGGACCAACUCUGGCUACAAUAAGAUUUGCGAAAUCACUGUUGCUAAGUGUCAGGGGAAAGAAGAGUUGAGUCAACGUUUCAAGAACUCGACAUUCCCCUGCCACACGGACGAGUAUCUUCCGGUGGCUCUCUCGCCACCGAGUGAUGGUUUCACCGGUUACUGCCUCACGACGCUCGGACACAGGUGGGAGCGUCGUCGCUAG